UAUAACUUUUUUCAUAGAAAACGACGUCGUCUGAAUCAUCACAUACAUAAUAAACCCAUCAUCCACUUCGCCCCACUCCUCUCCCACUGCCUUGCCGUACCUCUUUCUAUUUUCUCGCUCACAUUAAUCUGUUUGGUUACUCAGAAAAUUUUCCAUUCUUUGAUUUUCUCCGAACUUUACUACAAUCCCCUUUCUCAAGCUUCUCGCCUAGGCAUGUUGAUCCAUAGAGUACAUUUGACUAUUGGAGCUAAGAAGACGAGGACAUGAGAAGUCUUUGACGUCAUCUGGGUAAAUUUGAGUAUUUGAAAAACAAUUCCUUUGCUAUCAAGAUAGUGUCUUUGGGACAUAUAUUUUUAAGCUUGGAUGUAAUACGAUGGACGAUGGCAGGCACCACGAAACUAGCAGACAUAAGGUGGACUAUUACAGAGCCUCACACUCUCCGUGGAAUAUGAUGGCCCCACAUCAAGUGAAGGAACCGAAUGCUUUAGUUAUGAAUAAAAAGAUCAUGUCCAUAAUUGCUGAGAGGGAUGCUGCCAUACGAGAGAGGAAUGCAGCAGUGUCUGAAAAGAAUGAAGCAUUGGCUGAAAGGGAUGAGGCUCGCCGGCAGCGAGAUGAGGUAAUGGCUCAGAGGGAUUCAGCCUUGUUGGAAAGAGAUAACGCCCUUGCAGCCCUUCAAGUUAGGAAUAGUUCCAUGAGUGUAACACUGUGUGGGGGAGUUCAACGUGGAGUGAAGCGCACGAACCACCCAUCAACUCAUAUGCCUAACAUGGCUUUAGCUACUUAUGACUCAAAGGAAACGCAGAUAACCGAUGCCUUCCCCAUUACAGUUAUAUCUUCUGAUGCUAUCAAGUCACCUCAGACAAAGCGACCAAAGGUGAACAAGGGACAUUCAUCCAGGGAGUCAAAGCCACCGCGAAAGAAAGUAGCAGAGGAUCUGAACAGACGAGCUACCUCUGAUGGCACAAAGUAUAGAACAGAGUGGGAUAGUCAGGAUGUGGGCUUGAACCUCAUAACUUUUGAUGAGUCUAUCAUGCCAGUGCCGGUUUGCUCCUGCACUGGUGUUUCUCGACAGUGUUACAAAUGGGGGAGCGGUGGAUGGCAGUCAUCAUGUUGCACAACAAAUAUGUCAAUGUACCCUCUGCCACAAAUACCAAAUAAGCGGCAUGCAAGAAUGGGUGGACGAAAGAUGAGUGGAAGUGUUUUCACGAGAUUGCUUAGUCGGCUAGCGGCACAAGGCCAUGAUUUAUCAAUACCACUAGAUCUAAGGGAAUAUUGGGCCCGGCAUGGGACAAAUCGAUAUAUUACAAUCAAAUAGCUUGAGAAAAAAAAAGAAAUCAUUUGGGAGGGUUGAUUUUUCGAUUUGAGCAGCUCACUCUUCGUUUACUCUACUCCUUGAAUUUCAACUAAUUUUAACUUACCAGAUUUAGCUGAUCUGCAUGAAAGGAAUAGAGGUUCUUGAUAUGGUAGUUUUUCAACAUCUCCUGUUGGCUCAGACUGUUUUGUGAUUAAACUCAGGAUUUCUAAGCCCAAUGAGAGAGACUUUUGUAAAGUACAAUACCUUCUAGACGCGGCAGUGACAUGGCAGUCUAGCUGGCUCUUUCCUCUAUGAACAUGGCGAAGCUCGAAUUAUCUUUGAUUCUCCAUAAAGAAUUGUGAGAUUUUCUUCCUACCCUUUUCAUUUCAUAAAAGCAGGAUAUAAAUUUUAUGGCUGAAGGCUGCUGCCAUGACUGUAGGUUGCCAUGUUUCCUGAGAAAUUGGGUGGAAACAUCGAGAUGUAAUGUCUUUAAAGACUUUUAGAUGAUUUCGUAGGGCAUCAGAUUAGUGAAAUUUAUGAUUGUAGUUGUUGCUAGUUUCAUACUUGGAACCAAAACAAGUAGAUUACUGGUUUUAAGUAACUUAAUUUUCCAUGUGCAGCUUUAUCAAGUUACUGACAUGCAUUUCUUAAGUUAGCAGUCCAACUUUUUGCUUUAAAUUAGUGAAUAAUAAUCAUAUAUGGAUGGACAUUAGAAAGAAAA